CUCUGUUAUGCCUAUAUGCAUAAUUUACUUAAACUUGGACGAUGCCGAUGAGGUAAUCAUACGGCUGUUAUUCCCCUCUGGUGUGUACAUCACUCGCAAAGCCACCAAGUUAAGCUAUAUAUAGUUCCCGAAUUCACAAGCUGAUUCUUUUGUAAUGUUAACAACGUUAGACUUCAUUAGAAUCCGAUAUCAAGCCUCCUGCCUUCGUUGAUUUCAUCAGAAGUCCAAUCUAAAACCGCUUUCAGUGCCAUGGCUGAGAGCCUGACUUUCUCGUUGCUCAAGGCCGAGAGGCGAGAUGUUCUUCCCUAUGUUUUGGCCGCAGGGAUUGCGUUCAUCUCGAUUGUAUUGUUCAUUCGAUCUCGUAAUCCCCUAUCAUCAGUACCUGGACCUUUUUGGGCAAAAUGGUCGAACCUUUGGUUAGUGUAUCAUUGCCGCAAGGGGCAUAUCCACCGGAAGAUGAUCGAAGUGCACAAGAAAUAUGGAACCUUGGUCCGAGUCGGACCAAACGAAGUGAGCACUGCGGACAUAGAGUCUCUCAAAACCAUAUACGGUGCAGGUAAUGAUUUUCGCAAGAGUGACUGGUAUAGCGUGUGGCAGGGCAGCCGCAAAUGGGACCUUUUCUCAGAACGUAACGAGGACAUUCACCGAUCACAGCGGAGAUUAGUGAGUCAUAUAUACUCGCUAUCCAGCAUGAAGAAGUUGGAGCCCUAUGUUGAUAAUGCGAUCACGUUCUUCCUCACCAAAUUGUCUACAAUGGAAGGCCAACGAAUCGAUGUGAACAAAUGGGUGAGGCUCUUUGCCUACGAUGUGAUUGGUGAAGUAACGUUCUCGAAACGAUUCGGCUUCAUCGAUGAAGGCAAAGACGACGGCGCCUUCACCAUGAUCGACAACAUCUUGUAUUGCGCGAAUUGGGUGGGACACAUACCUUGGUUCUAUUGGAUCAAUGUUUGGCUUUCUCCAGUAAUAGGCAAUCGUCUCGCCGUUAUGCAACGCCAGGGCAAGCUUUUGAACCUGGCGGCUAACGAAAUAAAGGAGCGCAAGCAACGUGGAACUGAUCAUCACGAUAUGCUUGAGCAGCUCUUUGAUGUUCAACGGGAAAAGCCGGAUAAGUUGGAUGAUAUCUCUGUUACGUCAAUGGCUGCCAGCAAUAUCUUUGCCGGAAGUGACUCAACAUCCGUCUCUAUUUCAGCUUUUCUCUACCACGUCCUGCGAAAUCCUGAUUGCAAACGAAAAUUGAUAGAGGAAGUGGAUGCCAAGGCAGAAGCUGAAAACGUCAGCCGGGGCGCCGUAUUUGAUCUAGACGUGAUCAAUAAUAUGCCGUACUUACAAGCUUGUAUGUAUGAGGCCCUUCGCUGCCAUCCAGCAGUCGGAGUGUCCCUCGGUCGAGUCGUACCUCCAGUGGGAAUGAAGAUAGGUGGGCAGUACAUCCCUGGAGGAUCCGGAAUUAGUGCGAACGCCUGGGUAAUACACCUAGAUAAAGAGGUCUUUGGCGAAGAUGCGGAUAAAUUCCGUCCAGAGAGGUGGAUGGAAGAUCCUAACCGCGUUAGCAAUAUGAGUACGAAUCUUGGUCCUUAUUCUACCCUCCAGUAGAUGUUUCUGACAUAAGACAGGGCGCAACUUCCUUAGUUUUGGUGCUGGAUCCCGAUAUUGUAUAGGACGAAGUAAGUUUCUUGAUACUCCCACAUGCGAGAACACUGUCUGACCCAG